UUAUAGUUUCCAAUACAAGGGUUAAACGACAGGACUUAUAACAACAACACAGUGUAUGUGGUGAUAUUUUUCGACAUGGUCCAUCAAUGACAUCUGAUGAAAAAUUUGACCAUGUCCAGGCAUACCAUUGUGACCAGCUACCGAAGGAAUUUAAGUUCAUGUUCAACAGACCACGCCCUGGACACUGGCCAAGACCGGACACACUGGUCGGGGCCAGACAGACUGGAGUCUUUCUAGUGCCACAGGGCUACACUGAGAGCCCAAGUAAACAAACAAUGAGUAGAUCUACAGCAUUCAUGGUCCCAUCAAAAUUGACCAGUUAUCCUUAUUCAAAAUGGCAGUGGAGGUUUUCAACUUCAUUGAUGGAACGAUUUUUAAUAUUUGAUUUUAGCCCUGUUCAAGUGAAAGUAUAUACCCUUACGAAAAUAAUAAGAAAAACUUUUCUAAAACCUGUGUUUGGAGACAGAUUCAGCACAUUUCAUAUCAAAACAGCGAUGAUGUUUACAAUAGAAAACUAUCCUCUUGACAUAUGGAGGGAAGACAACAUUGUGCAAUGCGUGAGUUUACUUUUGGCCACAACGAAAAGAUGGUUGAAACAAAAAUACUGUCCCCAUUUUACAAUAUCUGGUGUAAAUCUUUUUAUAGGGAAAUUGAAUAAUUGGGAACUUUCUAAAUUAUGCAGCAUUAUUUCAAUUCUAAUCAACACUGAAAUGCAGUGUUUGUUUUAUACUCGAAUGGAUAAUAAAAACUUGCGACUGCUACAAUACUCAGGUCAUCAGUAUAUACCGUGUCAGAACAUAUGUACAAAAGCCCAAACAUAAGGAAAUAUUCUCAAAGACUUAAUAUUUACAGAAAUUGAUACGCUUGAAGCUAUUUUGGAUCUAUUGAUUACAGAUAAAUCAGUCGAUGACAUUGUAAGCCAUUUGUUUAUUCUACAGAGUACGUCUGGUUCCCAAAGUGACAUUGAUUUGGGAGUAGUAUCACUGUUGACCCCAUUCCUGCACAACACCCUUGCCUCCAUGCUGGCUUCAAGAUGCAUCUACCUCGGACAACCAAUCACACAGGAUAUAUUCAACUGGUACCAGCAGUCACUGGACUCUGACUGUAUGUCCAGUAGAUUGAAGUUUGCCUCCAUGUUGUACUGCAGAGGGCAGUAUGAUGAAGCUGCUGAAGUACUGACUUACUGUGAAGGACUGCUGGGACCAGAAGUGUGGCAGUAUUGUACACAUCGAGAAAGGAAAUGUCUCGGUCCAAGUACUGAGUUUAAAACCAAGUUGGUAUUCUGUCCACCCAAUGAGAUGCAUAAGAAAUACACCAUGGUGUGUUUAGUUUUUAGAAAAGAAGAAAUCAACUGCAUUCCACAACAUCUUACUUAUGGAAUGUUCAGAGAUGAAGACAUUCCAAUUUGGUACAAGUGAAAGAACAAUGUAGUCAUUGACUGCAUCCCAUUCCUGUACUACCUACAACACCUCACCUACAGGGAGCUUCAUCAACCCUUGAGAGCACAAACAGCGCUACUUCACCUUCAUGAGUACACAAUAGGGCCACCAAAGGGCCAUACUGAUACAGCCUUCAAUAUGCUUGGUCACUGCUUUGAACUUCAGAACAGGCUUGACCUUGCAUGGAGGUGCUACGGCAGAUCAUUGGACAUUUAUGACAGAGACAAUGUUUCCCUCUUGCAUUUAGCCAGAUUAUUUCAUCAGGUUUUUAUGUAGUGGAUAUCCACAUUGACAGAGCCUUCAACAUGCUGGGUCACUGCUAUGAAUUUCAGAACAGGCUAGACCUGGCCUAGAUGUGCUAUGGCAGAUCAUUGUACAUCUAUGAAAUGAUACUACAUCAGUUUUUACGUAGCUGAUAUUCGCAUUGACUAUGACAUAAUGCCAUUUUGACUAAUGUUAUAUAUGUGAAUUGUUUGAUAAUCACUAAAUUUGGAGUUUUUGUGACAACCAGUAUCAAAAACAAACAGUUUUUUAAAUAAUUAUAAAUACCAUAGAUAUAGUUCUAUAAAGGAUAUCAAUAAAUUUGAAU